GCUGCCGGAGAUUUUUCCUCUCGACUCCUUUGCAGCGUUUUCUUUCGACUCGAGUUAUUUAUGAAACCCCGUCGAGGAUGUCCGGAAACAGGCGCGACAUCGAGUACGAGCCUCUCUCGGACAGGAUGAAAAGGAUACUCGCGAAACCCGCGUGGAUUGUUGCUGGUGCCCUAGGAGUUUCUCUCGUCAUCGCCGUCGCGCUUAUCUAUCUGCUUUCGGGUACGACCGGCGAGCCGAUCGACUACUCAAAGGCGCUAAUAGUGUCGGACGACCACGACCUGUACGCCCUCGACCUCGAGAGCCAGCGGCCACCACGGCUCCUACUCAAGACCCAACCGGGAGUGCUCGCCUUUGACUUUUACGGCAAGAGGACGCUCUACUGGAGCGCGGCCAACUCCCCCGGGCUCAACUCCCUCUCGCCCAAGUACAAGAACCUCACGCAGCUCCGGGGAUGGCGACCCGUCGCCGUGGCCGUCGACUUUGUCAACUCCGGCAAAAUCUACGCCCUGGACGCCCGUGGCCGCAAACUCGACGUCUACGAUCCUGUCACUGGGCUGUUUGGCAUCGCCGUCGCGGACCUCAAGCAGCCGGCCGACAUCGCCUUGGAUCCGGCUCGCGGACUCAUGUUCAUCGUUCAGAAAUCUUACUCGAUCCUCAAGGGCAACAUGGAUGGCACUAUGUUGAAAGAGCUCGUGACAAGUCGUAGCGUCAGCGUCAUCAGCCUGGACCGGCAGAGCCCGCCGCGACUCUACUGGGCGGACGCCGACAAGAUCACCAGCUCGGAUUACUUUGGCAGCGACCGGCGCGUCGUCUACUGCACCUCGGGUGUCACCAGUCUCGGCGUUUCUGGGAACCGACUGUUCUGGUCUCGGCCACCCGACGCCUCGUCCCAUAGGAAUCUGUGGACCUGCGUCACCCGGUCCGACGGCGUCUGCCACGAGGAGGAUCUCAUGCAGCUGCCCUUCGACUACCCCAAGAUGCUCAAGGUUCAUACCGGCGAGGAUGAGAACAGCCACGACAAUCCCUGCGCGCCGGCCAACGGUGGCUGCCAGCAGCUUUGCCUCCUGACCGGGGGCUCGGCCACUACUCGAUACAGUUGCGCCUGCUACCUCGGCUACAAGCUCGCCGUGGAUUCCAAGAGCUGCGAGCUGGUCGAGGAGUACCUGCUGUACGCGCGCGGCGACUUGAUCCGAGGCCGGAUACUGCGGGACGACGAGGCACGGCAGUCGAGUAGCAGCUUCACCGACUCCAUCGUCCCCAUACCGAUCAAGCCCGGGAUCGUUUUGCUGAACAAGCCCGCGAUCGACUUUGACUACAACUACCACACGAAAGUCGUGGCCUACAGCGACGACGUGUCCAUCGUGACGGCGAGUCUGGCGAAGGACGAGCCCCAGGGGGUUUACGCUCGGCACAAGUGUCUCAGGGACGUCUCCUUCGACUGGGCGACGACGAGCGACUUGUACUACGUGCAGGACAACUGCCGGACCAAGGAGGAUACGACGAUCGGCCUGAUCAAGCUUAACGAGGAGCGCUAUUACGCCAAGAGCCUCCAGACCUUCGUCCACACGAACGGCAGGCCGAGAUCGCUGGUGCUGGAUCCCAACACGGGCGCGUACUUUUUUACGAUCGAGCUGAACGGCGUCGCGAGGAUUUACAAGGCCCAUGACCUCAAGAAGACAUUGUUUUCCGGGGACUGGAGCGUCAACGAGACCGGCUUGGCUCUCGACGCUGUGGAGGGUAGGCUGGUCUGGUUCAGCGCCGAUCUCAAGCGUUUGCUCAGUGUCGGGUUAGUUGACGAUAACCGCGCGGACGAGCGGUCGUUGCAGCCUCGGAGCGUCGAUGUGUCGGGGAUCAUCGAGCCGCGUUCCGUGGCAGUGUACGGGCGGUACGUCUACGUGUCGAAUUCGACGGGCAUCUGGAGACUGGACAAGCGCACCGGUCACGGGCUCGUGCAGUUGGUGCCGAGGUUCGGUGGCGAGGAGGUGGUGGCUGGAGUUAAGGUGUACGCCGAGGCUGUGCAGCGCGUCGAUCCGGACAAUCCCUGCGCUGUUAAAAACGGCCAUUGUCAGCAGUUUUGUCUGAGGGUGCCGCGGUACGUGACGAGCGGGCCCAACGAGAUUCAGAUAACCGAUCAGCUCAAGAAAAUUUGCCUCUGCGAGGAUAACAGCUCCAUCAGUCUGGCUGAUGGACGUACGUGUGUGUAGGGAGAACUUUACCGUAUUUUGUUCGUUGUUGUGCUGAUGUUUAUUUCAUUUUUAUUUAUUUUAUGUUUGUUUGCUUGUAUGAUAAGGAAUGUGCAACUGUGGACAAGUGUUGAUAAAUACAUUUUUUUUUUUUUUUUACAAGCUUGAGUGUACAUAUUAAUUAGUGAGAAUCGAUUAUCAAUGCCUGAGAGUUGUUAUCCGAUGGAUGACUCGGUUGUAUCUUUUAAUAUUGAUGUUCGUAAAUACGCGAUUGGUAACUGAGCAAGUAAAUUGAAAAAAUUCAGAGUUUGAUAAUUGUCAGAGUAAAAUCAGUCAUUGAUUGUGAAAAAAUAAUGGUAUUGACAAUUCAUAAAAGAUUUAUUUAACCUUAUGAAAAAUACUUAGACAGAUUUAAACUAAUAGAUCUAAGU